AUGUUCGGCGCCGUGUUAAGAAGGCAAGGGCAGGGCCUGUUGCGCACUUCCGCCCUCCGAUCCGGCUUCGCGCCUCUCGCCAGAUACUAUGCAUCCUACCCGCCGCAUACCGUCAUCAAGAUGCCCGCCCUGUCGCCGACCAUGACCGCCGGAAACAUUGGUGCGUGGCAGAAGAAGGCCGGAGACGCCAUUGCUCCUGGUGACGUCCUGGUCGAGAUCGAGACCGACAAGGCCCAGAUGGACUUUGAGUUCCAAGAGGAGGGUGUCAUUGCUAAGCUUCUGAAGGAUGGCGGCGCGAAGGACGUCCCUGUUGGCAACCCCAUUGCCGUCCUCGUCGAAGAGGGCACCGACGUUUCCGCCUUUGAGUCUUUCAGCCUCGACGAUGCUGGUGGUGAAGCCGCUCCUCCCGCGCCCAAGGAAGAGAAGAAGUCAGAGUCGUCCGAAUCCGACUCCGCCCCUACCCCUGCUCCUCAGUCGGAAGCCACCGAGUAUGAGUCCGAGGGCAGGCUCGAGACCGCACUCGACCGAGAGCCCAACAUGAGCCUAGCUGCCAGGCGGCUGGCACGGGAGAAGGGUGUUGCCAUCUCCAGCCUGAAGGGCAGCGGUCCCGGCGGCAAGAUCACCGAGGACGACGUCAAGAAGGCUUCCACCGGCUCAGCUCCUGGUCCUGUCUCUGCCGCCGCCGCCUACGUAGACACGCCCCUAUCGAACAUGCGCAAGACCAUUGCCAAGCGCCUGCAAGAGUCUACCCAGAACAACCCGCACUUCUUCGUCAGCAGCAAGAUCUCGGUCAGCAAGCUGUUGAAGCUGCGACAGGCCCUGAACAGCUCCGCCGACGGCCAGUACAAGCUCUCCGUGAACGACUUCCUGAUCAAGGCUAUGGGUGUUGCUUGCAAGAAGGUCCCCGCCGCCAAUUCGUCAUGGCAGGGUGACUCUAUCCGCCAGUUCAACAGCGUCGACGUCUCGGUCGCUGUCGCCACCCCUAACGGUCUGAUCACCCCUAUUGUCACCGGCGUUGAGGGUCGCGGCCUGGAGUCUAUCUCCAACAAGGUCAAGGAGCUUGCCAAGAAGGCCCGCGAUAACAAGCUCAAGCCCGAGGAAUACCAGGGAGGCACCAUCUCCAUCUCCAACAUGGGCAUGAACGCUGCUGUCGACAAUUUCACCGCCGUCAUUAACCCCCCGCAAGCUGCUAUCCUGGCCGUCGGUACCUCCAAGAAGGUUGCCAUCCCCGUCGAGGGCGAGGAGGGCGCGGCGAUCGAGUGGGACGACCAGAUCACUGUCACGGGAAGCUUCGAUCACAAGGUCGUCGACGGAGCUGUUGGUGCUGAAUGGAUCAAGGAGUUUAAGAAGGCCAUCGAGAACCCUCUUGAGCUGCUACUAUGA